AUGACCGAUACCCCAUCAAGCCAAAAUGAACGGAGACAGGCGGAAGCAGAUAUAGUAUCCCGACAUCUGCCAUCUGGCUAUACCGCUGAACCCGAUGCCGUCUCAACUGCCCCGAACAACGCAUCAGCGUCUGCGCCAAUCCUCCCAUCAUCAGCCGAAGAGCCGCAAGACUCGCUGACGCUACAAGGCGGUGACAUCCACCGGGAAAUUUUCAAGAUUGGCGCUAGAGCCAGACUGCCUGCAAGAGCUGCCACUUUCGCGAACCCCAACCUGCGUAGAUCCAGCACUUUUGGCCCAUACAGAAAUGACAUCACACCUAGCGAUCAGCUCGCCCCGGGCGGAUUUCGGCGCCAGUUCUUGCAGCGGCAGCAGAGACGCUUCAACAGCGUAACGAGUCCGGUCACCAGGAAUUUUGUCUCAUUCCUCGACCUUUAUGGGAGCUUUGCAGGGGAGGACCUUGCAGAGUCGGAGGAUGAAUCUGCCCUCGACAGCGCCGAUGAGGAGGCGGAAUCUCAGGCCGGUGAGACCAGACCGCUACUGGGCCGGCGCAAGAGUUCUCGGCGAGCCGAAAAGCUAGGGGAAGCGACCACGUUGAAAUCCUUCUUCACUUUACUCAAGGCGUUCAUUGGUACGGGCAUCAUGUUUCUCCCCAAAGCUUUCAGGAACGGUGGCAUUCUCUUUUCUUCCAUCACCCUAGUGACCGUCUCAUUGAUAUCCUGUCUCUGUUUCCACCUGCUCCUGACAUGCAGACAGCGCUACGGCGGCGGCUACGGCGAAUUGGGCGCCGCGAUCGGAGGCCCCAGGUUUAGAGCCUUGAUACUCGGAUCCAUUACGAUAUCGCAGAUAGGUUUCGUCUGCGCAGGCAUCAUCUUCACCGCCGAAAAUCUGGCCUCGUUUCUAGACGCCGUCACGUCCUCUCCUACCGCACCAUUGAGCGGGAAGGCUCUCAUAGCGAUUCAACUCGUCGUACUAAUCCCGCUCGCCCUCAUCCGCAACAUCUCGAAACUGGGCCCCGCGGCUCUCCUAGCUGACGUCUUCAUUCUCUUCGGCUUGAUCUACAUCUGGUACUACGACAUCGCCACCCUCGCUUCCAAAGGCCUGCAUCCAACAGUCGAGCUGUUUAACCCCCGCGAUUUCACCCUCACUAUCGGCUCCGCCAUCUUCACCUUCGAAGGCAUCGGCCUCAUCCUGCCCAUCCAAUCCUCGAUGGCGCAACCGGAAAAAUUCUCCCGCCUUCUCUACAUCGUCAUGAUAAUCAUAACCAUCAUCUUCACCUCCAUCGGCGCCCUCUGCUACGCCACCUUCGGCGACAAAACCCGCGUCGAAAUCAUCUCCAAUUUCCCCCAAAGCAGCAAGCUCGUCAACGCCGUGCAGUUUCUCUAUUCCAUGGCCGUCCUCGUCGGCACACCAGUGCAGCUCUUCCCCGCCGCCCGCAUUAUCGAAACGUCCCUCUUCGGCGAACGAGCCUCCGGCAAGCGUUCCUCGGCCACAAAGUGGAAGAAGAAUGCCUUCCGUGCCGCCAUCACGGUUCUGUGCGGCCUCAUUGCCAUCCUGGGCGCGAGUGAUCUGGACAAGUUUGUGGCGCUCAUUGGCAGCUUCGCGUGCGUGCCGCUCGUGUACAUUUAUCCGGCACUGCUGCAUUUCAAAGGGGUGGCGGAGUCGAAGUGGACUAAGGUUGGUGAUGCAUUGCUGAUGGUUGUGGGGCUAGGGGCGAUGGUUUACACGACUGUUAUCACAGUGUCGAGAUGGAUAGAGGGAUGA